UUCUUCUUUCAUUCUUUCUCAGGCUGACUCGAGGACCAUGGAGGCGGCUCUGCGGUUCCUCCUGGCUUUGGGGAUCUGUGUUAUCCUUGUUCAAUCUACAGCUGUGGUUCAGGAUGAACAAUAUGAGGACUAUGGGAACCAAGAAAACUGUACUGAGGGAGUUGGAUCCUGUGAAUGCUGUGAUACUGAUGAAUGUGAGAAGGUAAAUUGUGGACUCCACGCUAUACGUAUAAGCACCUGUGGGAACUACAGCUGUAAAUGUAUAAAAGGAUUCUCAUCAGAAGCCCCAUUUUGCAAUUAUACUGAGAACAACUGCAAAGACAUUGAUGAGUGCCAGCAAAAUGCUUCCAUCUGUGGACCCAAUGGAAGUUGCAUCAACAUCAAAGGAGAUUACCACUGUAAAUGCAAGACGGGAUUUGCGAAGAGUGUAAAAGAUGAUAAAAAGAUAUGCAGAGAUAUAGAUGAGUGUAUUACAAGCCCUUGUGAUCAAACUGCCAAGUGCGAAAAUUACCCAGGGAAAUACCAGUGUAUCUGUCCAACAGGGCAAUUUGAAUAUAAUGAUGCUGUCCAUGGAGGCAAAAAUGCAGUAAAAUGCAAAGCAAUCAGCAUUCCAAUACCUUCAAGGAAUAAUUGCUCAAAUGGACAGAUUUUCCUCUGUAACUUUACAACACAGUUGAGAAGUCUCUACAGUUCAUCUCUGAGUAGGCAUACUUCUGGGAAGGGAGAGGAGCUUCUGAAGGGACUUCUGGCUCUAUUGGAUGAUUUAAUAAGUAAAAUGGAAACUAUGAGCAAGGAACAAAGGCACCAUGUGGCAUCUGAGAUGAUGAAAUUAGUAGAGGACUUCCUCAGACAUUUGGCAUUCAUCCUUCCCAGUGGACUCAGUACUAUGUCCAGCAAAGCCACAGAGCUGGCUAUGGAGAUCAGAGGAGCUGGGAGUCAGAACUGGAGCCCAGCCCAGCUGUUGCAAAGUAAGACACAGAUGGAGCUAAACUGGGAAGCGGCAAGCAAAGGAGAGGAAGCCUUCAACAUGGUUGGCCUGCUCACAUACCAGGGCUUGGAGUCUGUGCUUUUUGAUGCUGACAUUGAAGGGAAAGAAUGGGAGCAAUUUGAAAAAUCACCACAGUGGGCACAGAUGGUGGGCAAGCCCAGCUACAAAGUACUGUCCCUGGUGACAGCUGCUUUUGUAGGUCACAAUGAGACUGAGCUGUUGACCUCCCCUGUUAAUAUCACCUUCAACCAUGAACAACCGUCAAAGGAGUCAAAGGUGAUUUGCGCUUUCUGGAAGCCUGUCAACAACGGUGGCCUGUGGUCUGAAGAAGGCUGUACCCGCUUGAAUUCCAGCACAGCUACAAGUACGCACUGCCAGUGCACACAUCUGACCAGCUUUGCAGUUCUCAUGGCCUUCUAUGAUGUGGAGAAUUGGGGCCUGGAUGUCAUCACCAAAAUUGGGCUCGUCAUCUCUCUGGUCUGCCUCUUCUUCUCCAUCCUCACCUUCCUGUUCUGUCGCACCAUCCGAGGCAUUCGCACCACCAUCCACCUGCACCUGUGCCUGGCACUCUUUGCUGCCUACGUCAUCUUCCUGCUGGGAGCCGGGAACCAUAGCAACAUGACUGCAUGUGCCAUAGUGGCUGGGCUCCUGCAUUACUUCUUCUUGUCUGUCUUCUGCUGGAUGCUGCUGGAGGGUGUGGAGCUCUACCUGAUGGUGGUUCAGGUUUUCAAAACUCACAGCCUCAAGCACCGGCACAUCUACCUUGCAGGAUAUGGACUACCAGCCAUCGUGGUGGGCAUCUCCGCUGCCAUCAACAGCAAGGGCUAUGGAAGCAAAGAGUGCUGGCUUGAAAGAAAUGAUGGGUUUCUAUGGAGCUUUUUAGGACCAGUCUCAUUCAUCAUCAUGGUCAAUGCCAUUGUCUUUGUGGUUACUGUUUGGAGGCUUACUGAGAAAUUUGCUGACAUCAAUCCCGACAUGAGCAAAUUGAAAAAGCAAAGGGUGCUCACAAUCACAGCCAUUGCCCAGCUCUGCAUUUUGGGCACCACCUGGAUCUUUGGCAUGUUUCAGUUCAGCGACCACACCCUUGUCAUGUCUUAUAUCUUCACCAUCCUCAACAGUCUGCAGGGGCUAUUCAUCUUUCUCCUGCAUUGUUUGCUCAAGAAACAGGUACGUGACGACUACGCCCGCUGGUUCUGCCGGGACAAACCUAACAAAAGCCAUAGCAGUGACAAAUAUUCAGACUUCAGCUCCACAACAGGAUCUAACACAUUGCGGGCACAAAAAUCUUUUAGAGAAUCUGGAAUUUAGCAACCCUUCUUAGAACCAACUUCCUGAAGUGCUUCUUUGCACAAUUCCUGUAACUGUAGCAGUCUUUUUUCCAGAAGAGGUACCUACCUGGUGAUACAGACUCUUAUUGCAACAGCGACAAUAGCACUGCCAAAAGCCUAUACAGGGGCCCACCUGGUAAGCUCAAGAACUGGACCAAUGCACUUAAGCAGAUAUUGGCACAAGUCUCUUCAGCAAGGACUCCCUUCCUCCUUCAAGCUAAGGCACUCUCCUCUCAAAAAGAAAUGGAGAAAAUCUAUAAAGAGGUACUUGCACACUUGACACUUUUAAAAAAAAGAGCCCUGUGCAAUGGGCCUUGGCUGGCCUUGGCAGUGAAGUACUGCCACAGACCUGGUGAUCAGUAAAUGAUCAUCAGAACUCUGCAGUGGACUUCUUAUGGCAGGUGAAGGUUUCCUAUCCAUUCAUGCCAUUCUUUAUGGACUGAACCACAGAUCUUAGCCCAGGGCUUUUAUUUUCCAGCUUUGCUUGGCCACAGAUAGCUACGAGGAAUAAGUGACUACUGUGAACCACACUUGCAGCAUCCCGGCUUCCUGCACUUGCUUCAAGCACUAAGAUAGGAUAUGGACUGCAGCAAAACUGGUCCAAAUGGAGUGCAAGGGGAGAAAAAACUCUGUUCAAAGCCUGCUGAUAAGCUGGAAGAGGAAACUUGACCAAGAGUGGAAUAAGUAUGCCAAAAAUUUGUGCCUGUUAAACCUGUUUGAUAUCAAAGUAGCCAUGUUAGUCUCUUGCACCACUGGAAGGAGGAAGAAAAAGAAACGUCAGCACCUUUAAGACUAAAUGGUUUUAUUUUUGCAUGAGCUUUCAUGGAUAUAAACCCUCUUCUUUGGAUGUAGUACAGACUGAUAAUAAAUGCUCAGGUAUAAAGUGUAUUUAUACUGUUGUGGGAAUGAAACAGAAUGUAAUAGGAUCCAGAUCUUUCUUUCUGGCUCCUUUUACAGAACUCUGUAAAUAUGCUUUACAUCAAGAACAUUUAGUAUCACUGUACUACACCCAAAGAAGUGGGUUUAUUUCCCUACUCAUGUGAAAAUAAAAACAAGUUAGUCUUAAAGGCACUGCUACAUUUUUUCUUUUUCAUCGCCCUUCCUUCCUCCUUUCUAUUUGAAUUCAUUUAUCCAAGACUUAGAAAAAAUAGAAUGUUCAGUAAGAUAAACCUGUAUCUAGAUGUUAUACGAUUACAGGCUGUGAACACUCAUAUGAUUAAAAAAUUCCCUGCCCUCAUGCACUUGAGGAUGUAGACUCAGGUUUACAAAAGCUCAUGCUCCCAGCUUCUUUCUUUGUCACAGAAGUGCUACAAGAUACUUUAGCAUACUGAUCUUUCAAACAAAUACAGCUAUGUCUUUAAAUUCCUUCUUAGAAUGUAUUUAGGAAACAGGAAUAUGAAAAAUUGUGUCCUCAUUUCAUUAUGUUUCUCCACAUGCCACCUAUAUUCUGGGUCCCUCCCUUAUUCAUAUAGGUUGCAAGGUUGUUUUUGCUUCUUGCAUGGCAAUACUGUAUACAGAUCUUUUUCCUGCUGUACUUAUUUUUGUAGUCAUUAUUUCCAGUCAAUUAAUUUUUGAAAUCACUACUCCCAACAGAAUCGCAACACACAAAUAUAGAUAACUAGCAUGUUAGUACAAAGACAAUGGCAAAAACUUCCUUUUCUGUUUCUGGAUUUAUUUUUAGUGAAGAAAUACUGAAGCAGGUGAACAUUCAACUGUGGUUUGUAAUGGUCAUGGUACACAGGCACUGUUACAGUAAAGCCGUAUUGCUCUUGUUUGUAUUGUUUAUCUCUUUUGACACAUUAAGGCACCUGGAGUUUCCAGAUUUCAGGAUCAACUUGAGAUGGUGCUGCACCUCAUGGCUAUUUCAUAUAGUGAUAUCUAAAUUGUAUAACAGCUAAUCAUAUAUUAAUGCUUCCUGCAUAUGUUAAUGUGGGAAAGAUACCUUGAUGCUCUCUAAAAUACUCUUAAGUGGCUUGAUGCUUCCCUGGUCACCACUUUCAGCACUGAAUGAGUACAUUGGGCCCUUGGUAUCCACUGGGGUUUGGUUCAAGAACUCCCCAUGGAUACCAAAAUCUGUGGAUAUUCAAGUCCCAUUAAAUACAAUAGCACAGUAAGACAGUGUCUCUUGUAUAAAAUGGUAAAAUCAGGGUUUAGUUUUGGGAGUGUAUAUAUUUUUAAAAUAUUUUCAAAUUGUGGAUGCUUGAAUCCGUGGAUAAAAAAAUCCAUGGAUAAGGAGGUCUGACUGUACAUUCCUAACAUUCAAGGGCACUCUCCAACCCUAAUGUAACAGUUUUUGCUAGGUGUCCAUACCCAAGUUGACAAAUUGGCAAAUCACAAUCCAGCUGUUUUGCGCAGCAAUCAAAUAAUCAAGCACACAGGCAACCAGCUGAAGUAGCACCCUGUCUGUCAAUGCCAAGCAUCCCGUUCUUCUAGAAAAAAGUCCUCAUACUCGCUUUAUGUUUAGCUCCCUGCUUCACAUUUCUUUGGUGUGUUUUGCUUCAGCGCUGUCCUCAGAGGUGGUGUUUUAUUCACAAAAUACAAGGACAAAAGAAAUGAUGCAGGAUACAUCGAUCAACGUAUUAUCAAACAAAAGAGCUCAUUAGUCUAAUAAAACGCUACUUCCACCUAAAGCCAAUCUACAGAUUUCUAGUAGAUAGUGAAGCUAAUGAACAGGUACCUAUAUAGGCUGCCCAAAUCAAAUAUUGUAGCUGUACAGAGCUUUCUCUAGGCAGGGGUGGGAAAUUGGAAGAUUAGGGGGCCACAUUAGCCCUCCACAUGCAACUCCUUGUUGUACCUGCAAAAAACUUUUUGUCCUCAAAUGCUAAGAGAAUAGGGACAUGUUUGGGGGUCUUCCUGGACACCUAGAGGCAUUUUAAGGCAAAAACUAAAUAAAAUAUUUCAACUUUUUUGCCAUUUUCCCCUGAGAAGUCCAAGGGUGCUCCAAAUAUAGUGGAAAUUCCCUCCACAUGCCCUAGGUAAUUUGGGGACAUUUUGGAGUAUUUUUUUUAAAUGCCAGGGGCCACAUGCAACCCAUACCCUACACUUAUGCCCAUCCCUGCUGUAAACCAUUUCAUUUAGGAUUCUUUCCUAACUUCUUCCUCUGUUCCUGCCAAGCACUUUGGCUAUCUAAGGUGCAAUUUGUUGUUGAGUCUUGUGACUCUGACACUAAGUCUGGAAUCGAUAUUCAGGUGGCUUCAAAAUUGAGAAUUACACUAGCAUACCUGGAUUGUAGUUCCUCUACACAUCAGUGGCUGAGGCCGCAGAGAAUUAUGUUUUGCAACCAGGAAAGGGGGCAAGUCACUGGUCCAGAAGAGAAAACACCUCUUCUUCUCUCAUGACUACAAAACGACAGCCAGUUGGUGCUUGGGAGCAGCCUUUCAUUGUUCCUGGGGUUGUGUAAGGAAGCAGUGAAUGCCUCCUCUGCAGUGACCUUACACCUGGCUUAACUUGUAGGUGGCAAACAUAUGCAGGAAUUCAUUAUUUUAUAUUCUUGUUUUGAGUGCAAGGAGGGAAGUUUGUAAGAAAAGUUUCAUUUUGUACUGCAAACCCAAAUCCUAUGUACAAGUCAUGCUUUACUUGCACCUGAAUGCUGUGUUUUGCAAUGUGAAUCUAUUAUUUCAAGUGAGGGAAACUAUUAGAUUCAAACUGCAGGAAGUAACACUCCCUACUGUUGCGUAAUUGUUUCAGUACUGUCCUGCCACAAAACAUGCUCUUGCCAACAGUGCCUUUUGAUCACCAGACAUCUUUGUACAAACAAGCUGUCCUACCCGUGUAACUUCCCACUCAUUAAUUUGAAGCACUUGUGUCUCAACAAUUUUAACAUGUACAUUUAAUUAAAAUGUAUUUUGUGAGAGUUGUGAUCUCUUUCAAAAUGGGAGGAGGAAGAAAUGAGAAUAAAGGGCCUCAGUGCCACUUGAUAUCCUGA